AUGCAAAUAAAGACAUUUUCGCUUCAGAAUAAUACAUUUCAAUUGGCAAUGUUGACAGACGGUACUUCAAGUUUUGCUAUAUUUAAUUAUGUGAAAAUGGAUAUAACAAUGGACAAAUUUACUCAGUCCGGUUUUAAUGCUGGUAAGGGAAGAGGGUAUACAACCGCAUUAAACGACAGAGAGUUGACACAUGUUUUGGACAAUUAUGGAAGUGAUUCGAAGGGGAUGUAUAUCUUCAGAAUAGAUAGAGAACAGAUACAGCCUGGAGGAUGUUCUAACGAUACACGUGGAAGUGUCCUAAGCAUUUAUCCAACAUAUGCUGGAAUGCUUGGUGGUAAAAUGCUGGAUAUAUCUGGUCCAUGUAUGCAUUCUAAUGCACGUCUAACACAGGUUAAGUGUAGAUUCGGAGGCAAAGAUGAUUUAGUCACAUACGGCUAUAAAGUUAAUUUUAUGAAGGCAAGGUGUUCUGUUCCACGGAUGCCAAUACGUGGAUGGAUAACGGUGGAAAUGUCAAUUAACAACAUAACAUAUUCACACAGUACAAAAAUUCUAAUAGUUCAUCCCGGCAGAGUAUCAAAGGAUGAGAGAAUACAUUUACCAUACAUGGGAAAGGGAGAGGGAUGGAACGAGACACACACAACACAGUUAACUUUGCAUUGGAACAGUUCUUUGUUUACAGAUUACAGGAAUGCAAACAUCAACAUUUCUUUGAUGGGAUAUAAGGAAAAUAAUAAUGGGAUAACCUGGUCAAAUCUAAAAAGUAUAGGAACUAUUCGUGCAUCAGCUGAGCAGUUUACAUUUCAGACAAAUAGUAUAAAUUGUAUAGGUCCUGUUUGUGAUGAGUAUGAAAUCGGAGUUGUUAUGGCUGAACUACAAGACCAAAAAAAGGCUACAUUCUACAGAUUCUUAAUAAGUAAUGUAAUAACCCUAGGAUUUUUUGUAAACAACGCCAUGGUCAUCAAUCUUGGUGACAAUUGGCCGAGCCAAAAAUGUAAGACAUGGUAUGAUCAGGACAGACAAGAUAUGAGUUGGCUGAACAGCUUAGAGAGUUGUCCUUGUACACUGGUACAAGCACUUAGUGAUAUAGGACGUUUUCAGACUGAUUUCGGAUGUUACCUGUAUGAUAAUAGGACCAGUAAAUGUAGAUAUCACAAAGGAUCUGUGCAUUGUGUUCGAUCUGUCCAACCUUCAAAAACCGGUUCAGGAAACCAGUGCUGUUAUGAUGCUGGAGGAAAUCUCAGGUAUUCAUCUGAUAGCUUUCAAGGGAGUACGCCAGAUAGAAGCCAUGUUUGGGGUGCUUAUCCUUUUGAUAGGGUUGACCUUGUUCCUGACAUGUCCCAUUGGGUUAAAGAUGUUGUGACGUUCUAUCAAUGUUGUUUAUGGACUGAUGACAGAGAUUGUGAUUAUUACAUGGAUCAGCGGUCAACUAGGGAUUGUCAAGGCUACAAUCCACCAACACCAGCAAUGGUUUUUGGUCAAGGUCAUUUUGAAACAUUUGAUGGCAUGUACCAACGUAUGUGUGGUCCUGGAGAUUUUCUUUUGAUGAAUACUACAUUACCUGAUGGAAGUGUUGUGACCGUUCAAGGACGAUUUUAUGAAAAUGUUUUCCCAGAAAUUGUUGGGGAGGGAGGAAAUACCUCUGUCAUACUAACAAAUGUAGGAAUUCGUGUUGUUCGUGGUAGCACUACAGAGACUGUAGAAAUAAGACUAAAAUUACCAACAGCAGAUAGAAGUAAACGUUAUCUUGAUGUACUUGUCAAUCAGCAAUAUCAUUUCUUUGAUAAUAAACAAUCUUUCUGGCAGGACUUUACAUCUUUUAGUGUGGUGAACACGGAUGAGACAGGCAUGGAAUCAAACUUCACUGUUAUUCUACAGAAUGGACUUGCUAUUCAAAUAGCUGAGUGUGACCGAGUAUUAUGUGUUUUAGUCGUAGCACCAUCUUCCCUUCAGGGAAAAGUCCAAGGUCUUCUAGGAAACUUUAAUGGAAAUGCUACAGAUGACCUACUUAAUGUAAAUUAUACAGUUACUGCACAGAUUGACAAUAACUCAUUGGAUGAUUUAACGCUUUAUCAUCUGUUCAAAUAUCCAUGGGCAACACAAAAGAUGGACAGCGUUUUACCAAUCUAUAUCGCUCCAAGUAAUGACCCGUCUAUUUGUUCAGUAGAGCAACCUCCGAGGACACCUCUUCAGGAAUGUAAGGACAAUAAGCCGUGUAUGUUUGACUAUAUAGCUACUGGUAACAGGGAAAUAGCAAUGCAAUCUAAAUCAAUGUCUAUGAGAAUUUAUGAACUACGACGUUUCUUAACUCCAGUUAGGAACUGUGGGCUACUAAAUGUUCCUAAAUCUAUUAAGAGUAACACGAAUUACUCACUCGGACAGACAGUUACUAUAGAGAGCUGUAGACAGGGACAAUUACAGGGUGAUACCAUGACAUACAGAUGUUCAGCAACCGGUGACACUACUCAGACAUGGUCUCCGUUGGUCAAUGCCAAAUGUUCGGCUACAGUUGAAAAAGCCGACACUGCUCUUAUAGUCGGAAUUAUAAUUGCUGUUGUUGGUUUCAUUGCUAUUGUCAUAGUUAUUGGUGUUCUCAUCAGAAGGUUUCGUAGAACUAAAGAGUAA